GUCACAGCUGACACUGGGUGAAGCUGAGUGAGAAGACGCUGCUGGUUUCACACUGAAUGUCCAGUUUAAACUGAUCCACAGCUGGAUCCUCAGCCUCCUCCACCGGACAGAAACACACGAGUUCUUCUAUCACAGAUAAAGAUCCAACACAAUGAAGACUGUGAUUUAUCUGGUUCUUCUGGGAAUAAACAGCGCAGCCUCAGUGAUUCACUCUCUGAAGUAUUUCUACACUGGUUCCUCUCACGUCCCAAACUUCCCAGAGUUUGUGUCUGUCGGUUCGGUUGAUGAAGUUCAGAUGAUUCGCUACGACAGCAGCACAGAGACGGCAGAACCCAAACAGGACUGGAUGAAGAAAGUCACCGAGGAUAACCCAGAGUACUUGGCAGGUGAAGCUGAGCACUGGAGCCGUAUCCAGCAGGCCUUCAAAGCCAACAUUCAAACUGCAAAGCAGCGCUUCAACCAAACUGCAGGUGUUCACAUCGCCCAGAGGAUGUUUGGCUGUGAGUGGGACAAUGAGACUGGAGAGGUUAAAGGUUACGAUCAACAUGGUUACGAUGGAGAAGACUUCAUAGUUUUUGACCUGAAGACAGAGACGUGGAUCGCUCCAAAACCACAGGCUGUCAUCACCAAACUCAAGUGGGACGAUAACAAAGCUUCGAUCGCUCAGUGGAAGAACUACCUGACCCAGGUUUGUCCUGAGUGGCUGAAGAAGUAUGUGAACUAUGGGAGGAGCUCUCUGCUGAGAACAGCCCUUCCCUCAGUGUCUCUCCUCCAGAAGACUCCCUCCUCUCCAGUCAGCUGCCACGCUACAGGUUUCUACCCUGACAGAGCCAUGAUGUUCUGGAGGAAAGAUGGAGAGGAGCUUCAUGAGGACGUGGACCGAGGAGAGAUCCUCCCCAACAAUGAUGGAACCUUCCAGAUGAGAGCUGACCUGAACAUUUCAUCAGUCUCACCUGAAGACUGGAGGAGGUACGACUGUGUGUUUCAGCUCUCUGGAGUGAAGGAGGACAUCAUCACCAAACUGGACAAAGCAGAGAUCAGGACCAACUGGGGAAAAACUGGAAUCAGAGAGACGUCCAGUGAUGUGACCGUCCCCAUCACUGCUGCAGUGGUUGUAGUCGCUCUCGUCCUCUUUGCUGUCAGUGGAUUCGUGGUUUACAAAACAAAGAAAGGGAAAUCAGAGAAAUCCUCUCAGCAAAGUGAGACCUCUUCUCACAGUUCAGAUAAUUCUGCAAAGGGAAGUGACAAAGAGCCGGACACUUUGUCAUUUAACUACAAUAAUAAUUCCUCUACAGAAAGUGCAGACAGCAACAAACCACUGAUGAAAAGAUGAGACAGUUUGAAGAGGAGGGUGAACUCCGCUCUGUGAGGAACUGUUUUCUGUUCAGUCUCCUAAACUGUGAUAAACAGCAGAUUUAUAGACACAGCUGUUCUCUGAUGAUGUGAUUUAACCUCUGUUCAGUAAUGACAGACACAGUUAGCAGCUAGCUGAUGAUUAGCAGGUAAAGAGCCACAUGUUUCUGUCAGGAG